AUGACUCCAAUUGAGAUGGAUACUACUCAAAAUGAUAUGCAAGUUACUCCUACUGAUGUUGAAUCCAGUAGUACAGGACAUUUUAGUCAGUCUAUGCAAUUUACUCCACCUAGAAGUUAUGAAGUUGAUGAGGGUGUUGUGGUGAGGAAGCUGUUGUGGGUGAGGAAGCUGAGGAGGGUGAGGAAGUUGUUCAAUUAUGAUGAGGUUAAUCCUAAUGCCCAAGUUGAUAAUGUUCAAAUUCAAGAGGUUGUUCCUGUUAUCCAGGUUCAACAGGUAAGGGUUAGGCCAAUUUCAGAUAUUUUGAAGAGGAUAAGGAGAAGAAAGUCAGAGAGAAUAUUGAAGCUGAAAUUAGGAAAAACAAUUGGUGGUGUUGAUGAUCCAAGAAAUUCUAAGGGAAAAGCUCUUGUAAUUGAUUAG